UCCACGCACCCGAUUCCAACUGCUCGCGCUCCUCGAUCUCUCUCUCUCUCUCUCUCUCUCUCAUGGCGACAGCAACCACAAGUCCACCCAGCGGCCCGGUGCUCUCCAUACCCAGCUACCGCUCCGCCUCGCCCACCCGCGUCAAGCUCGCCGGCGGCAACGCCAACGGCGCCACCCGCUCGCGGAGCAAGUCCGUCAGCGUCUCCUCCCCGUCGUCCACUAGGAGCCGGCGGUCCUGCAUGUGCUCCUCGACGAACCACCCGGGCUCGUUCCGUUGCAGCCUCCACAAGGAGCGCAAGCAGGAGGCGGCCCCCGCCGGGAGCAGCAAACCGGCUUCUCCUCCAUCCAUCCGCCGCGCCUGCAGUCUAGGCUCGAAGCGCAUGGACAGCACUCAGUGUGCCCGCCGGGCCCUCGCGCCGUCCCCCGCCGCGCAGCAGUCGCAGCAGCGGAGGCGCGCGGGCGGGUUCCGCCCCAGGCCCAGCCGUCUCUCCACCGUUUCCGUGGCCGGCGAGCGUCCCAGCGACAACUACCAGUAAACAAAUCAACGUCGACAUGCCAUAGCAAGAUACUACAGUUAGAUGCUUUUGAGUUUUGACCCAAUUUGACUCGGACCUGGUCAGUUUAGCUAGCCCGUAGCAGUAGGUGGAGUGAGCCUCUUCCUCCUCUCUUGUGUAAUCUGUACAUGCAGUGAGCUCGUCCUCUGCUCUCCGUGGUGUAAAACGGACGCCCUUGGUUUUGGAUAUAACUACAUGAGUUAUAAAUUCA